AUGUGGCACUGGAGUGUGCGUGUGGGUUCCUGGCUGUCGGAGGAAGUGUCUGGCAGCUCCAGAGUGCACACGGAGAUAUGUAUCCCACACAGCAGCUCUGUGAGUGGGGCAGUGUCAGUCAAGGCCAAGAGUCUGAGCUGGGCCCAGGACAGGAGGGGGGAGAGAGGGGGAGGUUGGGAGGCCAUGGAAAAGACAAAUGACUUGGACAGGUCUAAGAUGGAUUUUCCGGCCUUCGUUACAAUUGUAGCCAAGCGGGUCUCCCAACAGUUGCAGUACCGCUACAUUUCAGAGGCUUUGUAG